CUCACCUCAGCCCCAGCUCCCCACUAUUCCCACUCCACCUCACUUCACUCACUCACUAGUACAAAGCCUAGCGCCGCCGCAGCCGGAGCCGGAGCUCGCCGCCGGAGCAUUUGGCCAGAUGGCCGGAUUCGCCACCUCCCGCCCGGCCUCCCUCGCCUUCGCCGCGCUGCUCUCCUUCCUCAGCCUCUUCGCCUUCCUCCUCGCCGUCGGCGCUGAGCGCCGCCGGAGCACGGGGAAGGUGGUGCCCGACGAGUACGACCUGCGCUCCUACUGCCUCUACGACACCGACGCCUCCACCGUCUACGGCGUCACCGCCUUCUUCGUGCUCCUCCUCGCGCAGCUGCUCGUCACCGCCGUCACGCGCUGCCUCUGCCUCGGCCCCGCGCUCUCCUCCCGCGGAUGCGCCGUCGCCUCCUUCAUCCUCUCCUGGAUAACAUUUCUCACUGCAGAAGCUUGCCUUAUUGGUGGAUCUGUGAGGAAUGCAUACCACACCAAGUACCUUGGUUACUACAUGAAGCAUGACUUGGUCACAUGCGCCACGCUUCGCAAGGGGGUCUUUGCAGCAGCCGCUGCAAUGAUGCUCAUCAACCUGGUGGCAUCUCUAAUGUACUACUGGAGUUACUCAAAAGCCGCAACAGGUGGGUUCAUCAAGCACCAAAACGAAGUUGGCAUGGGCAUGACGGAUUACGGCCUUGACAAGGGUGGUUCUGGGCCCUGAGUACUGAGUAUAUCAUGUGCUUUGUUCACCUGGCGGCUACGACGACUUAAACAAUGUCUCGGAUUAUCAGUGUUCUGUGCCAGAAGCUCAGUUCUUGCUGUGCACAGUGAUACGAUGGGUUACACAAGAAUGAUGAUGUCAUGCGGUUGAUAUAUAUAGUGGUAGUUUUAUCAUGUCUCUAAAUUAUUACAGUGUUAAACUCUUUAGGUCCUGGUUGUAUUAUGGCAUGUGCCUGCGUGGCAUUGGGUAUCA